AUGUUGAAUUUCACAACAGUUUUAGCAUUCAUUUUCUUUACCGGAAUUUCUUGUGAUUAUGUGGUUGAUCAUGUUUUUACGCAGUAAGUAACUCCUAGAAAUGUAUUAAUCGAAUCUGAAAGUUUCAGUAUGCUCAAUUCGUCUGUAGACAGUUGUGACAAUUUUUAUCGACACGUUUGUGGAGUUGAAACAAAAUAUGGGAUGAAAAGAUUGGGGCUGAAAAUAUUAGAAGAAGACUAUAGUAAAUUAACCGUAUUUGAUGAAGUUUCUGAAUACAUGGUCGGUUAUUUAUCGUAUUUCAUGCAAAUAUUUGAAAUAUUUUUCAGAUGGAAUUAAUUAAAUGUAGUGAAACUAAUUAUAUAAAAGGGACUGUGUCAGAUAAACUAAAGAGCUUGUUUGAAAAAUCGUGAGUUCACUUGACAAAAAGAACGCUUUCGAAAUUGUAAAUUUUCAGAAUCCAAAAUGGUGAGGAAGAAAUAUUUUUGAAAAAUAUGCAAACAAUUCAAAAUUUCACUGGAGACAAAAAAUCAAUUUACAGAUUUUUUGGAAAACUGGGAGUCUCAUUUGGUAAGUGUCAUAAGUUUCUUGUAAUAAAAAUGAAAUUCCAAUUCUAGGUCCAAAAUUAUAAACUAGGUUGUGAAACAGUCAUUCGAACAAAUAAAGAACGAUUGUGGCUUCACGCUAACGGAAACAUGAUUGAUGCUUUUAAUAUAAUUUUUGAUGAACUGAAAACUAUUUUUCAUACUUGGAUUGAGGUGAGUUAAACUUAAUUACUUUGUGUUUUUGUAAAUUUUCAAAAUAUUCAAAAAAUCAAUCAUUACUCACACUCAAAUUACAGGAUACACCAUCACUCAAAAAACACAACGUCGUUCAAAAGUAUCAUGAUAAACUUCUGAAUCUCACUUUAUAUGAUAUGUCUGCUUCUGAACGUAUUUCACAGUUAACAAAUGAAUACAAAAAUUGUCAAAAAUUUUUGAUUUCUUGGAUAGAUGAUGCGAGUUUGGCAAAUUUGAUUUGUAUCGAUCAGUCAUAUUCGCGCUUCGGUGAAAAUAAUAAUAGGGCUGUCAUUGGUUAUACCGCUAGAAAUAAAAAAAGUGUCGUUUAUAUUGGCUUACCUUUCUAUGCAAUUGCAUCUAGAGUUGGAACGGAAGCUUUCUUUGUAAGUUUAAAAAACAACUUCUCUACAUAUUUACAUAUGAUGAAUGUAUUUAGAUUGGUCUAGUUGGUAGCCUUAUUGGUCACGAAAUAUCGCAUUCUUUGAUUCAAAGCAGAGGUGAAGAACUUGAAUUAUUCUUCUCUCAGCGGACAACAAACUGCAUACAGAAUCAAUUUUAUAAAACAUGUCAUUAUUUCAAUGUUUCAUCGGUGUGUUUAUAAGCUAUGUAUAUCGUAACUCAUGUGGUUUUCAGGAUAAUUGUAUUCAAUAUACCGGUAGAAUCGAUGACAAUGGAUCAGAUUUAUUAGGAUUCAGAGGAGCUCUCCAAUUUGCAAAAAAUCAUAUGGGUGCCACGUUGAACGAGUUCAAUGAUGAAUAUAGAAUAUACACAAACUUACAAUUGCUUUUUAUGGGACAAUCAGCUUUUUUCAUGUGUAUGGUUUUUUUUCCAGAAAAAUGUAUCUACCAUUCUGAUUUUUUUUCAGAAUAUUCGAUCAUCGGGAUAUCGCCAUUCUCCAUCUCCAAUCAGAUCAAAUGCAGUUGCUGCACAAAAUUCAGAAUUUUUAAGUGCAUUUAAAUGUGGACCAGACUCGAAAAUGGCAAAAUCGUUACAUGUGAGAUUUUUCUAAUUAUAGUUUUGUAACAAGGCAACGUUUAUUUUUCAGAAAACAUGUUAUAUUCUUGGACCAGACGCUUCAUCGGAGUAA